AUGAGACUAAUUGAAGAGAAUAUUAAGAGACAUCCAGUUGAUCAAGACCCAUCAAUAAUAGAAAAAUAUGACAAAAAAUUAAAAUUAAUAGAAGAGAGUAAAUCAUUAAAAAACAAAAUUCGUGAAGCAGAAUCGAUUCUCCAACUUGAUGAGCUUAAAAAAAGAAAACGUUUAUUACGUAGAAUGGGUUACUUAUCGGAGAGUGACGUGGUUGAGUUCAAAGGUAGAAUAGCAUCUGAGAUCACAUCGGGGGAUGAAAUAGUUUUAACAGAGCUGUUGUUGAAUGGUGUUUUCAAUGAUUUGUCGGCUGAAUCAGCGGCUGCACUACUUAGUUGUUUUGUGAUUGAUGAGAAAGUGGAUGAAAUGGACGUUAAACUUCGAGAAGAAUUCAAUACGCCAUAUAGACAAGUUUUAGAAACAGCUAGAAUUGUGGCCGAGAUUACUGCAGAAUGCAAUAUUGCUAUUGAUAAAGAAGAAUACUUGGGAAGUUUUUCACCUGUAUUGAUGGAAAGUGUAUUUGCUUGGUGUAAUAAUGCGUCAUUUUUAGAGACAUGUAAAAGAGAAACAUUGAAUUAG